AUGUUCACCAACUUAAAUAGCCCCCACAAGACGUGGUUCAACUGUCUCCUGAUCAUUGCCCUCAACACCAUCUUCAACAUCUUCCUCUUAUGGUACAUCAACAACAUCUACCCUGGCCAGUAUGGCAUCCCACGGCCGUACAACUUUUUCCUGACGCGAGACUACUGGCGCCCCCCUAAAGAAAUAUUGGAAGUUACGGCGACUCCAGCAGAAGAUCCUGAGUUCUUUGAGCCUCCGCCAUCAAAUCUCAAGCCCGGAAUCGUUGUUCGGAAAUUGUUCAAGAUGUUUGGCAAUAAGAUAGCAGUGAAUGGAAUCAAUAUUGACUUAUACGAGGGGCAGAUAACUGUUCUUCUAGGGCACAACGGGGCAGGGAAGACAACUACAAUCAACAUGGUCACAGGCUUUUUGCCGCCCUCCAGUGGCACGGCUAUAGUUCAAGGUCAUGACGUCAUAAGGAGCACACACCUGGCCAGGGACUCGAUCGGCAUGUGUCCCCAGUACGAUAUUCUCUUCUCUAAGCUCACGUGUAAGGAGCACUUGAUUUUCUUCCUUAAGCUCAAGGGAAGCUACUCACCUAAGGUGGUCCUGUCGGUUGUGGAGCGCCUGGUGUCCGUUGGCCUACAAGACAAAGUGAACUGCCUGGCGUCCCAGCUCUCUGGCGGUCAGAAGAGGAAGUUGUCACUGGCCAGCGCCUUCUGUGGCGACACGCGAGUCGUUUUUCUGGACGAGCCAUCGACCGGCCUUGACCCCGCCGCCAGACAGGAAAUGUGGGCUUUCCUAAAGACAAUGAGAGAAGGUCGAACCAUCCUUUUAACGACCCAUUACAUGGACGAGGCAGAUGUACUGGGCGACAGAAUCGCCAUCAUGGCGGAGGGGAGAGUUAAAUGCUGCGGCACACCCAUGUUUUUAAAGAGGGCUUAUGGUAGCAGGUACAGGAUGACCGUGGUCAAGGAAGGUCAGUGUCAAUCUGGUGACGUCACAGACCAAGUUAUCAACUUCAUUCCUGGCGCCAAGUUUAUUACAGAGACCAACCUAGAGAUUCAGUACUCACUACCUGACGACAGUUUGCCCAUCUACCAUCACCUGCUCAAGUACCUGGAGGAGAACGGCCCUGACCUUCACGUCUCAAGCUUCGGGCUGACGGCCACAUCCAUGGAGGACGUCUUUAUGGGGUCUGCUAAGAGACGUGUAUCUACUUGGAUGAGACAGAGCAAGGGCAACAUUUUCACAGACAAGCUGUUCACCUCUGACACCGGUACGCGGGGCCUGCGACGUGUCUGGCACCAAUUUGUGGCGGUCUGGAUAAAAAACCUGCUCCUGUUCACCCGCCAGCCCAUCCCCUCCCUCUCCCUGCUCCUGCUCCCUGCCCUGCUCGUCUCGCUGGGCGUGCACGAAGACAUCCAGAACGAGGCGGAGAAGCAGCUGCCUCCGGUGGAGUUCAGUCCCCGGGGAUUCCAGAAGCUGAUCACGCCCAUGUGGAUCUCCUCGGGGGUGUCCCCCAAGCUUGUCGCAGCCUACAAGGACCAGCUGCCCAACUCGGAGUUCCUGGAAAUAUCGGAGACGGCGCCCGACGAUUACUUCGUGUCGUAUUUGAAUGAGCACGGGAGGGAGGAGUACGGGAACCGGAUGGUCCUGGGGGUCAAGCUGAGUCGGAUGUCACCCUCGGUCCUGUACUACCAGAGGAAAGCCAUACACUCUCUCGGGAUAUCUGUCCAGCUGAUCACCAAUGCUCACGUGACCUACAACCUGGGCCCGCAGUACUCUGUCCAGUCUGGCGUCUGUUUUCUCAACGUCAACCAACUUCCGGUCAGCGACAAGAUCCACACCCAGACCUUGGUCGGCAUGGCGUUGGCCAUGGCCCUGGUGCCAGUCAUCUUCAUCAACAGCCUCAUCACGGAGCGAGUGACGGGCGCCAAACACCUCCAAACGCUGAGCGGGGUCCACCCUUUAGCCUACUGGCUCGGGACCUUCGCCUUCGAUUUCCUGCUGUUUAUGACGAUAACGGCGACGAUCCUCGGCAUCCUGACCUUUAACCCCGAGAAUUUCAUCAGCCAUAACCGCUGGCUGGCCACGGCCAUCGUGUACACGGUGUAUGGCCUGGCCAUCCUGCCCUACCUGUACGUCUUCCAGAACUGCUUCAGUGAGCCUUCUCGCGGGGUGCUGGUGCUCUUGUUCAUCAACAUCUUCAUAGGAAUGAUACUUGGAACAGCUGUUGGUAUUCUCAAACUAGCCAACAUAAAGCUACCGAGCCUAUUCAAAUACUUGGACAAAUCUUUGAGCAUGUUGUCACCCAACUACCUCAACACCGGAUCCUUUGUCACCAUCAUGAUCAAGUUUGAUGUCGACAUCAACGGCGGCUUCGAGUACCAAUUUCAGAAACAAAAUGGCGUCCUAAAGACGAACGUGUAUACACUGCUGGUACAGAGUGGCAUAUCGUGGUUGGUGUUGUUGAUGGUGGACUCCAAACUACACCGUACACUUUGGUGA